GUGCUGCGAGCACCGCCCGCGAUGUCCCGGGACCACGUUCCUGCCGAAAGUGCCCCCCGGGCCGCAGCCCGGGCCGCGGAGCCGAGCCCUGUGGCCUCGACCGCCGGCGCGCGGCCGGCUUCGGACCCGCUGAAGCGUAUUAAAGCAUGAAAUAAAUCCUCAUUGUUUUUCAAGAUUAUUUAAAAGGAGUUGUAAUUACUGCUCAGCACCUAGGACAGCACCCACCACAACACAAUCUUUGUGUUAUUCUUGGAAAAUUUCGCACCACUUGUGAAUUCCUUGAACCUGGGCAUUGCAAAUCCACUUCUGUUGGGCCCAUCUCCUUUGCACUUUGCUCAGAUUAAGACUCAGUUGGCGCUUCAGCAGCUGAAUGCCGUUGCCUCACAUGGUUCAGUACCACCUUAUACUUUAUUAAAUCAGGCUUUCUUGAAAAUAGCCAUGUCGAGACCCAGGUUUAAUCCUCGAGGAAACUUUCCACUUCAAAGGCCACGAGCACCUAACCCUUCUGGGAUGAGGCCUCCAGGACCAUUUAUGAGGCCUGGAUCUAUGGGUCUUCCAAGAUUUUACCCAGCAGGGAGAGCCCGUGGAAUUCCACACAGAUUUGCUGGCCAUGAAUCUUAUCAGAACAUGGGACCACAGAGAAUGAAUGUUCAGGUAACUCAACACCGAACUGAUCCAAGAUUGACCAAAGAAAAAUUGGAUUUUCAUGAAGCACAACAAAAGAAGGGGAAGCCUCAUGGUAGCCGGUGGGAUGAUGAGCCUCACAUAUCUGCAUCGGUAGGAGUGAAACAGAGUUCUUUAACACAGGUUACAGAGCAGAGUCCUAAAGUACAGAGCCGCUACACAAAAGAGAGUGCCUCAAGUAUCUUAGCAAGUUUCGGAUUAUCUAAUGAAGAUCUAGAAGAACUUAGUCGUUAUCCUGAUGAACAGCUAACUCCUGAAAAUAUGCCAUUAAUUUUGAGGGAUAUAAGAAUGCGAAAAAUGGGGCGCCGAUUACCUAAUUUACCUUCUCAAAGCAGAAAUAAAGAAACGCUUGGUAGUGAAGCAGUUUCAAGUAAUGUGAUUGAUUAUGGGCAUGCAAGCAAAUAUGGCUACACAGAAGAUCCCCUUGAAGUACGUAUUUAUGAUCCCGAAAUUCCAACUGAUGAGGUCAAGAAUGAAUUUCCAUCACAGCAGAACAUUUCUGCAUCUGUUCCCACUCCAAACGUAAUAUGUAAUUCUAUGUUUCCUGUUGAAGAUGUGUUUCGUCAGAUGGACUUCCCUGGUGAGUCCUCCAAUAAUCAGUCUUUUUUCCCAGUUGAGAGUGGAACCAAGAUGUCAGGCUUACACAUUUCAGGAGGACAGUCAGUCCUUGAACCUGUAAAAUCCAUCAGUCAAUCUAUUAGCCAAACAGUUAGCCAGACAAUGAGUCAGUCUCUGAUUCCUCCUUCUAUGAACCAGCAGCCUUUUUCAUCUGAAUUAAUUUCAGCUGUAAGCCAACAAGAGCGGAUCCCACAUAAACCUGUGAUUAAUUCAUCUAAUGUACAUGUUGGCUCAAGAGGAAGUAAAAAGAAUUACCAGUCAGAGGCUGAUAUUCCCAUUCAGUCUCCAUUUGGGAUUGUGAAAGCAUCAUGGUUACCAAAGUUUUCACAUGCUGAUGCCCAGAAGAUGAAGAGACUUCCAACUCCUUCUAUGAUGAAUGAUUAUUAUGCAGCAUCUCCAAGAAUAUUUCCACAUUUGUGUUCUCUGUGUAACGUAGAAUGUAGUCAUUUGAAGGAUUGGAUUCAACAUCAAAAUACAUCAACUCAUAUUGAGAGCUGUCGACAGCUACGUCAACAGUAUCCUGAUUGGAAUCCUGAAAUCCUUCCAUCAAGAAGAAAUGAGUGCAAUAGAAAAGAAAAUGAAACUCCAAGAAGGCGGUCUCAUUCACCCAGCCCCAGGCGAUCCAGAAGAUCAAGCUCUAGUCACAGGUUCCGUCGAUCUCGAAGCCCAAUGCGUUACAUAUACAGACCAAGAAGUCGAAGUCCAAGAAUUUGCCAUCGUUUCGUUUCUAGAUACAGAUCAAGAUCCAGAUCUCGUUCACCAUAUCGAAUUAGAAAUCCAUUUAGAGGUAGUCCAAAAUGCUAUCGAUCAGUUAGCCCUGAAAGGAUGUCACGGAGAUCAGUGAGAUCAUCAGAUAGAAAAAAAGCUUUAGAAGAUGUAGUACAACGAUCUGGGCAUGGGACAGAAUUUAAUAAACAGAAGCAUCUUGAAGCAGUUGAUAAAGGACACUCACCAGCACAGAAACCUAAAAUUGGCAGUGCAACAAAGCCAUUAAUUAAAGCUACAAGCUCUGCAAAGAGUGAUCCCAAUUCAGGAGGACAUUCAGCUCGUAAAUUAAAGAAUCUAGAAGAUGACACCUCAGCAGAAUGUAAGCAGGUGCCUGAUAAAGCUGUUUCUCUCCAGCGUAAGCUUCGGAAAGAGCAGUCUUUGCAUUGUGGCUCAGUUCUUCUUAUAUCUGAGUUACCAGAAGAUGGCUGUACUGAAGAAGAUAUUAGAAAAGUAUUUCAACCAUUUGGAAAAGUUAAUGAUGUUCUGGUUGUUCCAUAUAGAAAGGAGGCUUAUUUGGAAAUGGAAUUUAAAGAGGCCAUUACUGCAGUAAUGAAGUACAUUGAAACAACACCUCUUCUAAUAAAAGGAAAAGAUGUGAAAAUACGUAUUCCAGCAGGGAAGAAAAAAGUACAGAACAAAGAAGUAAAGAAAAAGACUUUAGAUUCAAAGAAAGUGUCUGCAUCUGCAUUAAAGAAAGAUGCAGAUCCUUCCAAAACUGUUGAAACUGUUACUUCAACUUUUACUGCCAGAACUGGACAAGCCAAGACAUCUGCAUCCAAAGUAAACAAAUCUGCAGGGAAAUCAGCAAGUUCUGUAAAAUCUGUGGUAACAGUAGCUGCGAAAGGUAAAGCUUCAGUCAAAACAGCAAAAUCUACUGGGAAGAAGUCUCUGGAAUCAAAAAAGGCUGGGAAUAUCAAAAACAAAGACUCCAGUAAACCUGUGACUGUACUAGAAACCUCUGAAAUAAAGACUGACAUAGAAGCGAAAGCUACAGAGAACUCUGCUAAAGAAACUACUUCAGAAGCUGCUUUGGAAACUGCAGAAAAUGAACCAGUUAACAAGGAAACAGAGGAAAUGUGUGUGAUACGUAUUUCUAAUUUGCCUAAUAAAGGAUAUUCUAUAGAAGAAAUUUGCAACUUAGCAAAACCGUUCGGUGGUUUAAAGGAUAUUUUGAUUUUAUCAUCUCACAAAAAGGCAUAUAUAGAAAUAAAUAGAAAAUCUGCUGAUUCUAUGGUAAAAUUUUAUACUUGUUUUCCAAUAUCCAUGGAUGGAAAUCAACUCUUAAUAAGUAUGGCUCCUGAAAUCGUGAAUAUAAAAGACGAGGAAGCUAUGUUUAUAGCCUUGAUUAAAGAAAAUGACCCAGAGGCAAAUAUAGAUAAAAUUUACAAUCGAUUUGUACAUCUUGAUAAUUUACCAGAAGAUGGACUUCAAUGUGUACUUUGUAUUGGACUUCAAUUUGGAAAAGUAGAUCACCAUGUAUUCAUGAGUAAUAAAAGCAAGGCAAUUCUUCAAUUAGAUAGUCCUGAGUCUGCUCAGUCAAUGUACAGCUUUCUGAAGGAAAAUCCACAGAACAUAGGGGACCAUGUGUUAACCUGCAACUUAUCUCCAAAUAUAGAGUCUUCAGAGGCGCAAACUGAGAAUGACCCAGAACUAGGAAAAGAAAGCCCUGGUUUGAAAAACAAUCCAGUUGAUGAAAGUGAGGUACAGACAGCAACUGAUAGUCCCUCUGUUCAACCUAAUGAGAUUGAAGAAGAAAUUACUCCUAGCCUACAAACAGAAACUUUGGUACAGCAAGAAGAGCCUUGUGAGGAAGAACCUGAAAAAGGACUAUGUAACUCUGGUUUUACUAUUGAAACAUUGCAAGUUGAAAAUCAAGAAGAGGAGGUCAAAGUAGAAAUUCCUCUUUUAGCACCCACUCCUACCAGUAUUGAGCUAUUCACUGAAAAUAUAGAGGAAUCUGCUUUAAAUCAACAAGUAUUUUCUAAUGACUUUGAGAAGGAAGAGGCAGAAAUUAAUGCUGAAACAGAAUUGUCAACAUCUGACAGUGCAUUUAUAAAAGAAAGGAACAUCAAAGAAAUUCUAGAAGAAUCUCCAUCUGAAGCAGAUUUCCUUUCUGGAAUUACACAGUCUGUGGUAGAAGCGGUAACUGAAGUGGACAAACAUGAAGCUGUUUCAGAAAUAAUGCCAGCUGCUUGUGUUGUAACUUUAGUACCAGGAGUUUCCUCUAGCGAUGAGAAGGCAGUGAGCAAAAAAGAUGUUUCUGAACAAAGUAACAUUGAUGAACAUGAGAAGAAUGAAUUUGCUGCUAAGGAAACCAGAGUAGAUAUACAGAUAGGAGCAGAGGAGGCUGAAAAGAAUGAAGCUAGGAUGGUUGCAGAAAAAUUGGAAAAGAUUAUGGCAGCAGUGAAAGAGAAACCUGCAGAAAACGCUGUAAUUAAGGCAUACCCAAAUAAAGGAGUGGGACAGACUAUUAAGCCUGAUGAAACUAGUAAAACCAGUGUGUUGGCUGUAUCGCAUGUAUCUAACAGUAAAUCAAGCAUCAAGACUACAAUGAUCUCUACUCCUAAGGCAAAAGCUACUGCUUCGAAAACUGAAAAUCAGAAAAGUUUUCUGAAAUCUGUGCUCAGAGAUCAAAUAAAUGCAGAAAAGAAACUUUCAACCAAGGAAUUUGGUCUACUUAAACCUGCAAGUGCCAGGUCAGGCUUGGCGGAAAACAGCAGUAAAUUCAAAACCACUCAGAGUGGUGUUACCAAAGGAGGCAGUGGAAGGAUCUCAGCUUUGCAAGGCAAAGAUUCUAAACUGGAUCACAAGGACAUAACAAAACAGUCUCAGGAAACAGAGGCUAGAUCUUCCAUCAUGAAGCGGGAUGACAGCAACAAUAAGACUUUGGCUGGGCAAAACACUAAGAGUUCUAAAAGCACCACUGGUAGAAGUUCCAAAGCUAAGGAGGAACCAUUAUUUCCAUUUAAUUUGGAUGAAUUCGUUACUGUGGAUGAGGUUAUAGAAGAAGUGAAUCCUUCUCAAGCCAAGCAGAAUCCAUUAAAGGGAAAAAGGAAAGAAGCUCUCAAAAAUACUCCUUCUGAACUUAAUUUAAAGAAGAAGAAGGGAAAGACUUCUGCCCCUCGUGGUGUUGAGGGAGAAUUAUCUUUUGUAACAUUGGAUGAGAUUGGGGAAGAAGAAGAUGCAGCUGCACACCUAGCACAAACUCUAGUUACUGUAGAUGAAGUAAUUGAUGAAGAAGAACUAAAUAUGGAAGAAAUGGUAAAAAAUUCAAAUUCACUUCUUACAUUAGAUGAAUUAAUUGACCAAGAUGACUGCAUUUCCCAUAGUGAACCUAAAGAUGUUACUGUUCUGUCAGUGGCUGAAGAACAAGAUCUGCUCAAACAGGAACGCUUGGUAACUGUGGAUGAAAUUGGAGAAGUAGAAGAACUACCUUUAAAUGAAUCAGCAGAUAUAACUUUUGCUACUUUAAAUACUAAAGGAGAUGAAGGAAAUAAUGUAAGGGAAUCCAUGGGGUUCAUUUCUUCUCAGAUGCCUGAAGACCCUUCUGCUUUGGUCACUGUUGAUGAAAUACAAGACGAUAGUAGUGAUUUGCAUUUAGUGACUUUGGAUGAAGUAACUGAAGAGGAUGAAGACUCUCUGGCUGAUUUUAACAACCUUAAAGAAGAGCUGAAUUUUGUUACUGUUGACGAAGUUGGAGAGGAAGAAGAUGGAGAUAGCGAUUUAAAAGUAGAGUUAGCACAAAGCAAAAGUGACCGUCCCACAGAUAAAAAGGGGGAUAGGAAGAGAAGAGCUGUGGACACAAAGAAGACAAAACUUGAAGCCUUGUCUCAAGGGGGUCCAGUAAAUGAGAAUAUUAUGGGAGAAGAUCUGAAAACAAUGAUUGAAAGACACUUAGCAGCUAAGACACCAACCAAAAGAACUAGAAUUGGGAAAGUACCACCAUCAGACAAAGCUGCUGGAACAGAAGCAGGCAGAGGUGAAGAGGCCUUCCACAUUGAGGAAGUUGAUGAAGACCCUGGAUUAAAGGAUUCAGAACCAGAGCGAAAACGCAAGAAAACUGAAGACUCUUCUUUAGGCAAACUGGGGGCACCUGAUACUCCUGAAGAUUUAGACUUUCUUGUACCGAAGGCUGGAUUCUUCUGUCCAAUUUGUUCUCUUUUCUACUCAGGUGAAAAAGCAAUGACAAAUCACUGCAAGAGUACACGUCAUAAGCAAAAUACAGAGAAAUUCAUGGCCAAGCAAAGAAAGGAAAAGGAGCAGAAUGAGGCUGAAGAAAGAAGCUCUAGGUGAUGGAGGCAGAAAAGGGAAAAUAUUCAUUAGAAAUUUGUUUAGGGUACAGUUGAUUUGUGUAUUUUUGUUAUCACUUAAUUUGUAAUUUUUGUUUAAGAAACAAAUAUUCAUGUUGUACAAAUUUCUGAUUACCCUUGAUGUAGAGAGACUGAUGGGGAAAGUAUGAUGGGUUUGAUUUUUAUAUCAAAUCAUCAGGCAUGGAGAAAUAUCUUUUAGAAGUGUUAAAAUAAAUGUUCCUACUGUAUAUUUAAAAUAUCGUCUUGUUUGUGACUGAUUUAUUGAAGACUUGCUUGUCUCUGAUUGCAGACAAGGUUCUCUACAACCCCUGUGAUUUGGGACAUACAGGGGUUUUUCAUGUAUUACUAGAAGUCAUAUAGCAUAACAGUGUUUUAAUUUGCUUUGACCGUUUAUGUACAGAUCAGAGGUUUCCUAAAACUCAAGUUUUUCAGGAUAACAUUAUAUUACAUCAUUUUUGAUGAAAUAGAUUUGAGUACAGCAUUGCUUGAUCUUUUAAGUGUUGUGGGGAGAUAAUGUCUUCUGUUUCUGAUAACACCUGUUAUUUCUGCCAGAACCUAUUUAAAAUAGCUUCUAACAAGUCAUUUAGUAUUAGUUUGAAUCUACAGAGCAACCUUUACUUUCAGGGGACCAUCAAAUGUUACUUUUUAAACCAUUUGAAUUCUUAUGUAAUUUGUAAAUAUACAAAAAAGUAAUUCAGUGAACUGUUAGUAGAACAUAGCCCUAUAGGACUAUACUUCAAAUGAAAGUCUGUUGACUUUGAAUUGUUUUAGUAUUUGAUUCCGCAGUCUCUUCUAAGAGUAGAGUGUACCAGUUGGUAAUAGAAGGUGAAUGAAGGGGAAACAACAGCAACAAAAAACCCAGCUUUGUGAGUAUUUCUUAGCUUACAAGCACAGGUUACUUCAUAGUUGACAAGAAAUAGGAAAAAAAAAAGUCAGUACUUCCUUGUCACAAACUCACCACACACUCAGUUUAGACUUAGCCACAACCUAAGCACAAUGACAGAAUGCUACAUGCCACACAUUAUUAGGGAGUGGAGUGGGGAGGUAAGUGGCUUUUGGGUGCCAAAAGUCCUGGAAUUAAAACCAUAUGGGUGAAUGAGGUAAUGAGAGGGAUAAGAGCUAUUCCAAGGUCAGAAUCAGGUGCCAGGAAGCUGAAGCAACACGGUCAGAGUAAAUAAGAGUCCUCUUUUUUUUUAAGAAUCUUCUUUUACUAAUGAGCUUGCUUCUGGGACAUUUAUGACCAGGGAAAUUAUAAAUUCUGAAACUUGUUUCAAUCAGCCUUGAAGUCUUUAGGAUCUAAGUGUGAAACUUAUUUCUAAUUAUCCAGAAAACCACUAUUUUACUUUUAGAAUUGGGAUCCAAGGGAAUAAACUAUGAAAGCAUGAAAUUGGAAGGGUGAUUAUUGUGUUUUAUCCAGUAAUCAAUGUUGACAGGUAACUACAUCCUAAAUAAUGUUUCUUUCUGGUGCUUUUUGCACUUAACACUAGUAAUUUUUGUCACAGGGCUCUAAAUACAAAAGAUUUUUGUGAGGUUUUCUAAAAAUGAAUGUGUUCUUUGUGUGUAAUGUUAGAUGUUCUUAAAAAAUCUUGAAGUAAUCUCCCUCCUUUAGUCAGCUACACAAUGUAACAUUUGUUGGUUGAGGAAUAUAAUUUGAAUUGCAGCUUAUGUUAAGUUUCUGUCAUUUCAUCACCUAGAUGCCAAAGCAAAAAUAGACUGCAUUCAAUACAACUUCUAUAAAAAUUCUUAGAUUUUAUUAACCUUUUGACACAGAAUGCUGUGGAAAUUUGCCUCUCUAAAACUGGUCUUUUGGGAUUUUUUUCCCCUUUAAUAUAUGGGACAGUUUUUUUUAAAGCUUACAAGUUUUGUUUUGAUGUUUGAUUAUGGAGCAUGUCAAGCAUACUAGAAUAUCAAACUAGGAUAAUACACCCUCAUACACUGAUUCCUAGUUUUCAACAGUUAAUGAACUCAAGGGCAGUCAUAUACCUAUGAUUGAAAUACAUAUAUUUCCACUACUAACCCUCUUACUUUAAAGGAAAUCUCAGGGGCUGGUGUUUUCACACAGCUUGUUAAACCUCCUCUUGCAGUGCCAGCAUGCCAUAUUGGAGCACUGGUUGAGUCCUGGCUACUUUGCUUCUGAUCCAGCUUUUUGGUAGUGUGUCUAGGGAAGCAGUGACAGCUGUCCCAAGUUCUUGAGCCCCUGCUACCCAUGUGGGAGAUCAGGAUGGAGUUCCUGGCUCCUGGCUUCAGCCUGGUCCAGCCCAGGCUGUUGCAACCAUUUGGGGAGCAAAGCAGCAGAUGGAAGACCUCUCUAACUCCCCUCGUGUCUUUCUGACACUCUGCCUUUCAAAUAAAUAAGUGAAUUUGUUUUUUCAAAAGUAAAUCUCUGGGGGCCGACGCUCUGGUGCAGCCGGUUAAAGCCCCAGCCUGCAGCACUGGCAUCCCAUAUGGGGACUGGUUCGAGUACCAACUGCUUCUCUUCUGAUCCAGCCCUCUGCUAUGGCCUGGGAAAGCAGUGGAAGAUGACACAAGUUGUUGGGCCCUUGCACCAGUGUAGGAAACCUGGAGGAAGCUCCUGGCUCCUGGCUUCGAAUUGGCGCAGAUCCAGCCAUUACGGCCAGUUGGGGUGUGAACCAGCAGAAUGGAAGACUCUCUCUUUCUCUCUGGCUCUGCCUCUCUCUCUCUAACUCUGUCUUUCAAAUAAAUAAAAUAAAUCUUAAAAAAAGAAAAGUAAAUCUCUGUAUGUUAUUUUACCCAUGUUUCAUUUCAUAUUAUCUAAAAGAUACAGAUUCUUUUUAACAUAACCAAUAUUAUUUUAAAUCAUCUACUUAUAAAAGCCCAGGUGAGCUUUUCAACUGUAUCAUAAUUUUUAAAAUUUUAUCAUGUCUGAAUCCAGAUCUAAGUAAAGUCUAUACUUUGUGAUUCUGUGAUAGAUCUUUAUAUAUUUUUAAAGAUUUAUUUAUUUACUUGAAAGAGUUACAGAGAGAGAAGGAGAGGCAAAGAGAGAGCGAGCUUCCAUCUGCUGGUUCACUCUCCAGUUGGCCAUAAUGGCCAGAACUUGUGCUGAUCCAAAGGCAGGAGCCAGGAGCUUCUUCCAGGUCUCCCACUUGGGUGCAGGGACCCUAGGACUCGGGCCAUCUUCUACUGCCUUCCCAGGUCAUAGCAGAGAGCUGGAUUGGAAGUGGAGCAACCAGGACUUGAACUAGUGCCCAUACGGGAUGCCGGCACUAGCAGGCAGCAGCUUUACCCGCUAUGCCACAGCGCUGGCCCCCAAUCUUUAUAUUUUUUAAAAUACAGGUUGUUGUCUCUCAAUUUGUUUUAAAGAUUUUUGUUUAUUUAUGUGAGAGGUGGAGUUACAGACAGUUAGAGGUGAGACAGAAAAGUCUUCCAUCUACUGGUUCACUCCCCAGAUGGCCAAAACAGCUGGAGCUGGGCCAAUCAAAGCCAGGAGCUUCCUCCUGGUCUCUCAUGUGGUUACAGGAGCCCAAGCACUUGGGCCAUCUUCCUUUGCUUUCCCAGGCCGUCACGGAGAGCUGCAUGGGAAGAGGAGCAGCCAGGACUAGAACCGAUGCCCAUAUAGGUUGCUGGCACCGCAGGUGGAGGAUUAACCUGUGUCACAGCAUCGGCCCCCUCUCAUAAUUUAUUUGAUAAAGAAUUGGAUCCAAUAUUGAUCCAUAAAGUGUUUGGUAUCAGUUUGUGAUGACAUAAGUAUGGAAAUUGAGUGUUUAGAAACGUUUUUGACUGUGAUUCUAUGUCUGUUAGAUGUAACAAUAAAAAAAUGGGAUUUUUUUUUAACUUUGGCUUUUAUAAAAGUAUUAGUCUUCAGUGAAUUAAACUAGGGGGAAAAAAAUUGAUCCAGCACAUAGUUUGAGAAGCAGUGCUUACAGGUUUCCCACAGGCUGGAUGUUUUUUUUUAUUGCAACGUUGUAGUUUUUUGUCUUCUGUAUAACUUAUAAUCUGUAGUUGAAUGUGAACACUUUAUUAGAGUUGGGUUCUUUUUUUGCUUUUUGGCAAGACUAGUUAAGGCAGCAGUGGUCAUUCUAAUCUGGAGGCGAAUAUGUUCUGGUGGGAUUUUACUAGCUGUUACUGGUUGAUUUUGAUCCAUUUAUUAAAUAGGGGUUGCAAAAUUGUGACAUUUUAAUUCUGUAUUCCUUCUUUGCUUGAAAGCUGAAAUACUUCCCUGAAGAGAGAAAUUUAUCUGCUCUUUUGCUGCUCACUGGUAUAAUUUGUACACGAAGCACAUGAUAAAUGUUUGAUGCUUUUCCUUAAUUUACCAGGUUUUCUUUGUUUUUCAGAAUAAGUCAUUUCAUUGGCAUCUGCCAACUGUGAUAAAUUCCUUUUAAAAAUAUUAAUGUGAAUUUUAACAUACAUGUGUUUCAGUCCUUGCAGUAUUAGCCUUGUUGCUCAAAUUGUCCCCCCCCUUCAUUUUUUAUUUUUUUCAACUCUUCUUAACUUUAUGUAUAUGUUAAGAUGUUCCAGGCUUAUCUUGUAGAAUAGUACUCCAUAAAGUUCAUUGGAAAAUGAGGUUAAAUGAUCAAUUCAUUUUGGUGCAAAAAAAUUGAAAUAUAUAUGCAGAAGAUCCUUUGUGUACUUCCUGCCUUAGACCCAAGGUCAGUUAUUUCUCAUGGUCAUGGCUUCUGGGUUUGCUUUUCAGUGGAUGGAACUUAGAAAUACAUGUUUUGGGGGCUGAUGUUAUGGUGUAGCAGGUGAAGCUGCCACUAGGCGACACUGAUAAUCCCAUUUGGGUGCCAGUUCAUGUUCUGGCUGCUCCGCUUUUGACCAGCUCCCUGCUAGUGGCCUGGGAAAAGCAGCAUAGAACAACCCAAAUGUUUUGUCCUUACCACCCACAGGUGAGACCCAGAUGAAGCUCCUGGCUUCUGCCUAUCCCAGCGCUGGCUGUUGCUUUAUGAGUUUUAUGGAUUACAUAUUUUUUAGCUUUGAUACUUCAUGUUACAAGGACUUGAAAUGUGUUCUGAAUUCAGGGUCAUAAAACAAGAUGUAUUCAAAAAAAUCUAGCCUUUGUCUCAUUCCAUUCUAUAUUCCUUCCCUUCCGGAUACAGGUAACUAACUUUAUGCUAAUUUUGUGAUGUAUUAUUUUUUUAAAAAAUCAAGUCAUAAACAUUUGUAUACAUGGGGUUAUCAAUUUUAAUAUCUAGUGCCUUCUAAUGAUCACUUACCUAAAAAAAAAAAAAAAAAAAAGUGAGAA